AUGGUUUUAUUACUCUCACUUGUGCUCCUUGCAUUGGCGUCUCCUGCUACCACAGGAAAUUUACAGGACUGGAAGUCCAAUAAAGAGACCAGUGUGGUGCAGGUAAGUAUAGGUCUCUUCACAGCUUCAUCACCAUCUUCAUCAGAAGCCGCAUCUACUACCCAGAAUUCCACCUCUACACCUCCUGCUUCAUCACCAUCUUCAUCAGAAGCCGCAUCUACUACCCUGAAUUCUACCCUUUCGCUCACUGAUGAUAUAAGGAAUACAACUUUAAAUGGUCAGCAGUACUUUACGUCUGCAAUAUCAGCUUCAUCACCAUCUUCAUCAGAAGCCGCAUCUACUACCCAGAAUUCCACCUCUACACCUCCUGCUUCAUCAGCGUCUUCAUCAGAAGCCUCAUCUACUACCCUGAAUUCUACCCUUUCGCUCACUGAUGAUAUAAAGAGUACAACUUUAAAUGUAAGUUACACCCUGGACCUAAACAAGUCUAUGGCAGGUUUUGUUUUCCUUGUGAGAUUUGUCCUUUGCAAUGUGUUCCCUCUAGUGGUCAAAUUACAGUAUGACUCUGCAAAGAUCUAUCUCCCAAGGAAGACAAGCAUCUCCCUAGAAAGUUAUGGAGAUUGUAGAUAUGAUUCUGUGACCAUAUAUGAUGGACCUCCUGGAAGUUCUCUACUCCAAAGAAUUUGCCACUCAAUAAACCGCACCUUUCGUUCAUCAUCAAAUGUAAUGACCAUUGUCUUCAUAACUGAUGGAUCCAUACAAAAUACCGGUUUUGAAGCUAACUAUAAUACAUUGACUGCAACAAAUUCAAUGUCAGAGAAAUGUGGAGACAUCAUGACGGGUUUACAAGGAGAAUUUCAAUCAACCCGAAGUGCUUCUCCAGAUUCUGACUACUGUGUCUGGUACAUCAGUGUUAGCAGCAAUUACAAGAUUCAUCUUCAUUUUUCAAAUUUCCAAAUGAAAGAUUCCCUAUCUUGCCGAUCCUUUUCUUUAUCGGUCUACGAUGGGACACCAGACUCACCGUUACUUGGAGAACUAUGUGACACAACUGACCGGUAUUUUAACUCCUCAUCAAACAGCAUGAGCAUUGUGUACACCAAACGCCGUGAUGAUACUGACAUGGGCCUGGAAUUCUCUGUUUCAUACUAUACUGUCUUCCAAAACAACUCAGAUGUAACUCUCUCCUGCCAUUCUGACUACAUGAAAGCUCGAAUUUCUUCACGGUAUCUGGAGUCCUUGGGUUACUCUUCGAAUAAUAUUUUCCUUAAUGAUCCCCAGUGCCGCCCCCAGAAUCUUUCAGGCUGGUUGGAGUUUCACAUUCCUUAUCAGAGAUGUCAAACACUUAAACAGGUUCUGAAUGACACUAUCUGCUAUAUAAACACUUUGUUUACUUACUCUAUGAAAGCUGUUGUAAUUCACAGAAAGAAAUUAAGUCUCACUCUGAGAUGUCAGAUGUACCGAGAUACACUAGUAGAUUCCUUGUAUUUAGCUGAUGACACCAUGGAGAACUCUUUAAUUGAACAUGGCCUGUAUUCAGCCAACCUAACCUUCUUCAACUCUCCAAGUUUCAUACAUUCAGUUAACAAUUAUCCAUACUUAGUUAGACUCAAUCAAGAUUUGUACCUGCAAGCCACCUUGGAGACCACAGAUCCUGCCCUGGUCUUAUUUUUAGAUACGUGUGUGGCUUCUCCUGAUCCUUUUGAUGUGUCAGAAAAUGUUUAUUAUCUUAUAAGUAAUGGGUGCCCAAGAGUCUCAGAUUAUCGUAUCUUUCCUUCCUCCUCACCAAGAACAUUGAGAUUUGGAUUCAGUGCAUUUAGCUUCCUAAAACUUUACUCCAAUGUGUAUAUACAGUGCAAGCUGGUUGUGUGCAAGCAGUACGAUAGAUGGUCACGCUGUAAUCAAGGCUGCAAGCCGAGACACAAGAGAGCAGUGCAGUCCCAUCACAAUCAUCACAAUCAUGUUCAUGCUGUUGCUGGUCCUGUUAAACUUCUGAACUAG